ACACACACACACACACAGCCAGAGUUAUGACAAUGACUUGCUGCAUGUGAAAACCUAAGACAAUCUUCAGUUUCCCAGCGUAUUUAAAAUGUUCGAUAUACUCAAGGGUUUUGAUGCUCAAGCGACAUCAACCUACAUCAACCCCUAUGCUGUGGAUGUGAUCCGGGCAAAGAGAAGGGAUCUAGUUUAUGGGAUCUCACACACCGAGGAGCUACUGGAUCUUCUCGUCACAGAGGGGGUGAUGACGGCAGCGAAGAGAUCCAUUGUCUUGACCAUCAGGACUCGCAAAGAUCAAAACUCCAGGGUCCUGGAGCUCCUGGAGGCCAGAGGUGAAAGGGCGUGUCGGAAGUUCUUUCAUCCGUGUCUUAUGCUGGCAGAACCCGACCUCUAUCUGCGAAUCAAAACCUAUCUGGGUGGUGUGAAUGAACGUAUACGAGACACAAGGAGACAGCUGAUUGGAUAUUUGCUGGAGAGGGAGCAGGAGGGCAUGGAGGAAAUUACACGUGGAAUUGUCACUCAGAAGACUCGUACUUUAUUUGCCACCAAAGCAACUAAGAAAUCUAGCCCCGAAAAGGAAGACAGAAGCACUGUGCCACUUUUAAAGCCAGAGGAGCACAAACCAGUGCAAAGUAAACCGGAAGAUCUCAUCCACAUUACGGCUACAGACAGGGAGCUAGCACUGCUGGAGGAGCUGUUAGAAGACACUGAUAUUAAUGCUGUCAAUUCCUCCAGUCAGACUCUUUUACACGUAGCUGCUGAGCACGGUAACCUGUCCAUCAUUGAGCUCUUGGUCCGUAAAGGAGCCAGACUGGACCUGCAGGAUAAUAAGGGUCAUACAGCUCUUCACAGAGCAGCCAUCAGGGGUCGCACUGAGAUAGUCGGGGCCCUCAUACAGGCCGGGGCCCCCAUCUACACUCUGGAUCUGCAAGGCAAAACCCCCGUUCACCUGGCAGCGGACAAUAAGCACCUGGAUUCUGUGAAAGUCCUGGUGAAGGAGGAGGCCAAGCAGUGUGAGAGCCACACACAGGACAUGUUUCUUCACACGGCAGCCAUGGAAGACAACUGGAGGCUGGCUGAGCUGCUGCUGCAGAGCGGGGCCGCCGUCAGUGCCAGAAACAACAGUAAAAAAACAGCUCUUUUUCACGCAGUUUCCAGGAACAAUGAGAAAACGGUGACUGUCCUUUUAAAUGCAGGGGCUGAAGCGGACUAUGAUGUCAUAAAUGAAGCCAUUAAGCUCAAUGAAGAAUCAAUUCUCAGUUUGCUGCUCGGUAAUCACAGAGGAGCUCUGAGUGAAGAAGCCCUCGGCUCUGCUCUCUUCUCAGCUGUUCAACAGAACCAUGAUGGACUGGUAACCACUCUCAUAGACAGCGGAGCAAACGUGAACAUGUUAGACAAACAGGGGUACACUCCUCUCCUGCUGUCAGCUGAGCUGGGGCACACUGAGGUCUUCAGAGUGCUGGUAGCAAAACAGGCCAAACUGGAUGCUACAUUAUCCGACCUGUCCUCAGCAUUGCACCUGGCCGUCCACAGUGGCAGUGUGCCGAUAGUGCAGACGUUGCUGAAUAAGGGAUUAGACCCCGACAUAACUGGACCUAAAGGCCAAACCCCUUUACACCUGGCAGCUCAGUGCAAUAGGCCAGAACUAGUUGAUGUGUUGCUACGAGCUGGAGCACAGGUAAAUGCGUUAGCCCAGGAUGGGCUGACUCCUCUGCAUAUAGCCAGUCAACAGGGCCAUGCAGACUCAGUGACCCAGCUUCUUCAAGGCAAGGCAGACCCAGAAGUCAAAGACAAGCUGGGGAGGACAGCCUUGCACUGGGCAGCCUCCUCCCAGGGAGAAAGCUGUGUGGUAGACCUGCUGCUGUCGGCCAAAGCCAACCCAAACACCACUGAUAAGGAGAAAAGAACUGCCCUUCACCUGGCUGCUGUGGAGGGGAAAGUAGAUGCUGUGACCUCACUGUUGUCCCACAAGGCAAAGGGACUGGCUAAAGACAUGGACGGCUCCACACCUCUCCAUUACGCAGCAGCUGGUGGGCAAGCCGGCGUGGUUUCAGCUCUUCUACAGUUACUCAGCAACAGAGGGACAGAGGAGAGGAAUACAUGGAGGAAAACGCCGCUUCAUGCUGCGGCUGAGAGGGGCCAUGAUAGUGUGACGGCGCUGCUCCUGGAGGCUGGGGCAAAGAUCAACAGCACAGAUCACAGUAAAGACACUCCUCUGCACUGUGCUGCACGAGGUGGACACCAGGAGGUAGUGAAGAGGCUCGUAAACUGGGGCCAAGCUGGGCACAUGGGGCGGCACAAGAAGGUGAAUCUGCAGGCGGCCAACAAUGUGGGGAAGACACCACUGCAGGUGGCAAAGAGUGGAGACACACCAGAACAUGAGAGCAUUGCGACUUUACUCGGGAGAAAGAUGUUUCUUAUCAAAUAAAGGGAGAUGAGUUCAGAGAGCAAACGACAGGAACUGAAAAUAUAAAGUCAGCUUAAUGAUAUUAUCUUUUUAUCUAUUCAUCUUUUAUCUCAAACCUUGUGUCAUAUCCUGUGAAAGGUAUUGAGGACAUGCGUUUUGCAUAAAAUAGCGAUAGAAACAAAAAAUAAUACAGAAAUAAAAUCAUGCAACACUGUAUUUCUUGUGUGGAUGUUAGAAUAGACUGCAAAGGUUGCUUUUAUUUUCAGUAAUGAAGCAAAUAUGUAGUAAUGAAAUGCCCUUUCUCGUGUUCAAAUAAAAUCCCAGUUUAGACCUCAGUGGAAGGAGAGUUUUCUUUUUGAGUCAGUAUGUGUAGACUAGACACGUGAUGGCCACUUUCAUUAAAAAAAAAUGCAGAUAUUUAAUAUAUAAAAGCUACAGUUGGUUUACAGUUAAUAUGACAUAAUAUACAGAUAAUCUGUUAUAAAAUCACAUUCCUCUGCCUGCACCUGUUACCUAAUGGCAUACGGAAACAGUUAGAGCCGAGGAGUCUCUAAGGCAGUGUCAACCUGCUUGUGAACUCCGAUCUCUAUAUCUCCAAAUGUCUAGGCGGCGCAGAUAAAAUAUGAAUCUAGAUUCUAUUACUGCAUUGCCUUUUUGUCACAGCUACACUAAAAUAUGUUUCUGAAAACAUUUGAUGUGAGAAAUAGGCAACGCAGUAACAGAAUCUUGAUCCGUAUUUGAUCAGCGUGGCCUAGUUUGACAGUUUGAUUGCCGUUCAGGAGCAGUGACUAAUCUAUCGCUAUACGCCUUGGCUGUGAUUGGUUGCUUACAUUCAGGCGCAGUGAAAAUUGGAAAUGCCAUUCAGCGCACCAGGAGGAGGCAGAGGAAUAUGAUUUCUUUUCACAGAUUAUCUAUCUCAUGUAGUCCUGUCAGGAUAUAGUGACAUUUUCAACAAAUAUGACAAAACAAUUUAUUUAUUUUUUUAAUGCAAGUUAAAUAUUGAGCCUUUAACGUUAUGCUCGGCCCAUUGGUCGGGUCCUGUU